UGUAUUUGGACCCUGUCAUUCAAGAAUAAGUCAAGGGUUUAGUUGGAAAAAGAUACAGAUUUACAGAAACAAAAUUAGAGAAGAUCUUAUAUGAUUGUUAAGUUGUUUAAGUUGUAGUUUAUGUAAGUGCUGACCCUUUCUGAAAGGGGGGACAUCCACAUUUCUAUUGUAAGGGCCCCGUCUUGUGGAGGUAGUUUGAUUAAGGUGGAAACCUAAUCCCGAGAAUUCCAGGUGGAGAUAUUUUCAGUUGGAAGAAUAUUACAUAACAAGUUGAUGUUAGAAUUCCAACCAUGUUAUAAAGUCUAUGUUUCACGUUAUUUUAGUUCUCAAAAAAAAAAAAAAUAUUUUCCUUUCAGAAAUACUGAAAUUUUAGGUAUUUUAAAAAUACAUAUAAGUACCUCUGAUUUAUACCUUCUGCUUUUACUUCUUUUUUUUAAAAUCAGAUGCUUAAGAAUAACGUUUCUGACCACAAGCUGAACGUGGAAGCCAUAAUUAAAAAUAUUAACACAAUUUCUUUGGAAUUGAAGAAGAUGAAAGAGCUCUCCCAGUUACUGCUAUGUGAUCUUAUUCUACAUUUCAAUAAUCCUGUGAAGACAGAGGACUUAAAUGAAACAGAAAAAAACAGCCUCCCCUUUGAAGGGUCUGAAUUGUCAGACGUAUCCCUUGCUUUUAAUAGUUUUUCUGCCUGA